AUGCAGCUACACACCAUGAAGCCCAUCAAGGCAAUGGGAAUAGAUGCCGUUGUGUUUAUUGCCGCCCAAUUAAUAGGCUUCUUAGUGGUGGUGGCGUUCGUGAACUGGUACCUCAUAUUCCCAGCACUUGUCCUGAUUAUCCUAAUCUUGCAAAUCCGAUGGAUUUAUAUAAAAACAGCGAGAGAUUUGAAAUAA